CAUUUUCAAAUUUGUUAACACCUUCAGUUUGUAAUAGUUUGUAAAUAGCUUUUAUUUUGCAUGGGAAACUUGCAUAGGCUACUACUGGGUAGCAACAGCUAGCAAAAGGAAGAAAUGCUUUAGAAAUUGUUGUUUAAUGUGAGGGAAGAGGUGACCUGGGCACUCAAAGCUCUACAGAGACAAAUUUGCCAAAGAGGAGCAAACCAGAGCGAUGUCACUGGUGGGGGUACGCUGCCUGGUGACCGGCGCGGGAGGGUUCCUCGGCCAGAGGAUCGUUCGCUUACUGCUGGAAGAAGAGGAAGCGCUGGCUGAGAUCCGGCUGCUGGACAAAGCCUUCAGCAGGGAGGCACUCUGGAGCUUUGGCAAGUUCCAGGGCAAGACUGAGGUGAUAAUCCUGGAAGGGGACAUCCGAGAUGUGGCGUUCCUUCAGCGUGCCUGUCAGGGGGUCUCACUCGUCAUCCACACGGCAUCCAUCAUCGACACCUUGGGCCUCGUGGAGAAGCAGCUGCUCUGGGAAGUCAAUGUGACAGGUACUCAGAUGCUGCUGGAGGCAUGUGCUCGUUGUAAUGUCCAGCACUUCAUAUACACCAGCACCAUAGAGGUGGCAGGCCCAAACUGCAAGGGCGACCCAAUUUUCAAUGGUGAUGAAGAUACACCUUAUGAGAGUACAUCCAAAUUUCCUUAUGCCCAGAGUAAGAGGCUGGCAGAGGAAUCUGUGCUGAAGGCAGAUGGCUGGACGUUGAAGGAUGGAGGCAUGCUCAUCACCUGUGCCCUGAGAUCCAUGUACAUUUUUGGAGAAGGAUGCCCAUUUCUUCAAGGUCAUUUGGACAAGUGUCUGCUGAAUAAAAAUGUCUACCUGCGCUUCUCCAGGAAGGAGGCUUUAGUAAACCCUGUGUACGUGGGGAAUAUUGCCUGGGCGCAUGUGCAGGCAGCCAAAGCUCUGCAGGUCCCACAGAAAGCCAAACAUAUCAGGGGGCAGUUCUACUACAUCUCAGAUGACACUCCUCACAUGAGCUACGCAGACCUAAAUUACGAGCUGACCAAGGAGCUAGGCUUUGGAAUUGAGCCCUGCCUCCCCAUGCCUCUGACAAUGCUGUAUUACUUCUCGCUGCUGCUGGAGAUUGUGAGCUUCAUGCUCAGGCCCUUUGUCAGGUACAUCCCCUCUACCAACCGCCACCUGGUCACUCUGUUGAACACCCCCUUCACUUUCUCCUACAGAAAGGCACAAAAGGAUUUUGGCUACGUGCCCCGUUACACGUGGGAAGAGGCAAAGAGGUGUACCAGCCAGUGGAUAGCCUCCAUGGUCCCACAGAGGAGGGAGUACUUAAAAAGCAAAAAGGCCUAAAUGCUAAGAAGAGCUGAGGCCUGCCUCACCAAGGGCCAUGAGCCAGAGGGCAGUUGGGUAAACAACAACAGCAGAUAACUACCAAGUGUUUAAUUGAAAAAAAAAAAGUGUAACAGCACCCUCAAUCAUCCCCAGAUCCAAAAUAAAUAAAGGUGAAAUGUCCAUUUGUUUGUCAAGAACAGUCUGAUCAGGGUAAUGUUAUUGUAGAGUCCACACUUGGGCAGCAUGAAGAUGUUGAGUAAGACUCCACACAGCCCUUCUUUUUACUCCACACAUUCUUUAAGGCUUUUUAAAGCAAUAAAGGCACAAUUUGUCCUUGAA